AUGCUGACAAUCAUCCCUAAUGGUUCAGUUAACUAUACCGAACUAACUAAGAAUUAUAUGGGUGUAUUAUAUUCAUCAAAAUUCGCUGAAUUUUUGAAUACAACUCAAACAGGAUAUGCUCAUUCAUCAUCAGGUAUUGAAUUCAAUCUAUUAUUAAAGACAUUAUUCACAUCAUUAUGUUUCUGUACAGUUCAAUUGACUUUCUUUUGCUUCUUCCGAUCCAUUUUCAAAUAUCUUUAUCAACCUCGAUGUUAUUGUGUACCGACUAAUGAAAGAAUGGACCCCUUACCAAGAGGAUUUUUAACAUGGAUUAUACCAACUAUAAAAUGUAGUAAUGCAUUUUAUUUAUCAAUGGGGUUGGAUACUUAUUUCUUUGUCAGAUUUAUCAGUAUACUCCUUUUAUUCUUUAUUGUCAUUGGGGUUCUAAAUAUGGUGGUGUUAAUUCCAGUCAAUUGGACAGGUGGAGCGCCAAAUAAUUCAUCAGUUACCGGAUUAGAUAAGUUAAGUUUAUCAAAUAUAUCGAUAUCAAAUGUGGAUAGAUUAAAUGCUCAUUUUAUAAUGAGUCUUCUUACAAUUGGAAUAUUCCAUUGGUUAAUUCUUUAUGAAUUGAAAAGUUUUGUCAUUAUCAGACUUUCAUAUUUAUCAUCUACCAAACAUGAAAAUUCAAUCACAGCCAGAACUUUAUUAAUAACAAAUGUUCCAAGUUAUUUAAAAGAUAAACAAACUUUAACCCAAAUGUUUGAAGUGGUUCCUGAUGGUAUUAAAAAUGUAUGGUAUAUUUAUGAUUUCUCUAUUAUUGAAGAAGACGUAAGAAGAAUUAAGAUAGCUUUAUCAACGUUAGAAAAAGCUCAUACUAUUUAUUUUCAUAAUUUCUUAAAUUCAAAAUUUAAACAUACUAUAUGUGGAAAGGAUUCUUAUAAUUUAGAAGAAACUCUGAUACAACAUCAAAUGAAUGAUGAAUUAUCUAAAUUCGAUCCAAAUCUAAGUCCCAAAUUUUAUCCACCUAUAUUUAUUGGUCCUUAUGAUAUACCUAAAUUAAAUCGAGAGAUAAGAUUUAAAUUACCAGGAUUAUUUCGAAUAUUAUUAUUUCAGAAGAAAGUUUAUAUGUUUGAUUGGGCUAUACAGAUAUUAAAUGAAAAAUUAGAAUCCUUAGAUGAACAAAAGUUAUUAUUAAGAGAUGAUUCCCUUUUAAAACAUGAUAAAGUUAUAAUUGAAUUUAAUUCACAACGAGGAUCGAAUAUGGCUCAUCAAUGUUUAUUAUCCCAAACUCAAGGAACUUUAGAUACGAGUUUUUCAGAAAUUAGACCUGAAGAUAUCUUAUGGCAUAAUUUAGAUCGAAGUAAUAGUUUUAUUUGUUUAGUGGAAAAGUAUUUUGUUACUAUAGUGUUCAUUGCUAUAAUUAUACUUUAUAUAGUUCCAGUUUCAUUUAUUGGAUUAGUAUCCCAAAUGCCAUUAUUAACUCAAUUAAUGCCAUUUUUACUGUGGUUAUAUAAAUUACCUGAAGAAGUUAGAGAAACCAUUUCAAGUUUUUUACCAUCAUUAUUAUUAUCAAUAUUAACUGAAAUUGUUAUGAUUCUGUUUCGAUUUUUAACUUAUUUUAAGGGGAAAUUAACAGGAGCUGAAUUAGAAUUAGAUUUACAAACUUGGUAUUUUUCAUUUUUAUUUGUUCAACAAUUCUUAGUUGUAACUAUUCUGUCAAGUGUAACCGUUAUAUUUAAACAAAUUCUUGAUCAACCAACUUCUAUACCAAUUCUUUUAGCCACUAAUUUACCUAAAGCUGCCACAUUUUUCUUUCAAUAUAUUGCUUUAAAAGCAUUUGCAUUUUGUGGUACUAAUUUCUUAAGAAUCGAUCAAUUGAUUUUAUAUCAUACUUUAUAUAAAUUUAAAGAUAUAACUCCAAGACUGAAAUUUAAUCGAUUAACUAAUUUACCAAUUAUAAAAUGGGGAACUACAUUUCCUAUUUAUUCAGUUUAUGGAUCGAUUGGCAUAGCUUAUUCCAUUAUUUCUCCAAUUAUAGCGGUAUUUAUUAUCUUUAUUCUUUCAUUAACAUUAUUAUAUUACAAGUAUGCCUUAAAAUAUAUAUACAGUCAUAUAAAUCAAUCUGAAACUCAAGGGAAACUUUAUCCAAUAGCAUUACUUCAUUUAUAUACUGGAAUUUAUUGUUUAGAAGGUUGUUUAAUUGGAAUAUUCUUUUUACUGAAAAAUAAUGCUGGUAAUUGUCCUAUGAAAAUCCAAGGUUGGAUUAUGAUAAUUAUAUUAUUAGCCACUAUAUUUGGUCAUAAUACUAUUUAUAAUCGAUAUGUCCAACAUUUUUCAUAUUUACCCAUAUUAUCAGAUAAACAAUAUAAGGAUGGGAAUGGGAAUGGGAAUGUCAAUAAUAAUCUUAAUAAUAAUAUUACCGCUACUAUGACUUCACAAAGUAAUCAGAUAAAUUUACCAUCUCCUCAACAUAAUCAAGAUAUGUUAUAUCUUCAUCCUUCAUUUAGAUUUGAAUAUCCAAGAUUAUGGUUACCUUCAGAUUCAUUUGGAAUAGCGGAAAAGAACAUUGAAUAUAUUCAAAGUAGAAUACCUAAAUUACUGGACGGUGAUACAAGUGGAGCAAAUAUUGUAUUUAAAAAUCAUACUAGUAAGAAAUUCAGUAUAAAAAUUUCUGAAGCUCCUCCUGAUUAUAAAUGA